AUUGCUGCAGCGGCAGGUUCCUCUGGGCAGGGUCAGCGCGGCGCAGGAAGCAGCCGGGCGCCCGGCUCGGCUCGGCCCCUUCGGCAGCCAUGCGGGAGGCGCAGCCCGCCGCGCGCCGGCAGAUGCGGGGCUGACAGCCGCUGGCGGGGGAGACGGGGGCCGGUCCUGCCCUAGGCGGGGAGCGCGGAGGCCCGGCGGGCCAAGGGGCCAAGAUGUUGCGGCUGGCUGCCCUCACCGCGCUCUUCGUGCUCUUCAGGCUGGUCCUGAAGCUCUCCUGGGUCCAGGUGAUCCCUGCCCUCUUCAUAUUCUACUUGGGCUCCGGGGGAUGGAAAUUCCUGCGCAUCGUCUUCAAGACAAUAAGGAGGGACGUCACCACGGGGCUCGUCCUGAUGAGGGUGAAGUGGCAGGUGUGGCAGCACUUGAAGGGGAAAAACACCAUCCCCAAGAUCUUCCAGGAGACGGUCCGCAAGCACCUGGAGAAGACGGCAUUGAUCUUCCAGGGAACGGGCGAGAGCUGGACCUUCCGCCAGCUGGAUGAGUACUCCAGCCAGGUGGCCAACUACCUGUAUGAGCAGGGCUUCCGCUCUGGCGACGUUGUGGCCUUGUUCAUGGAGUCCCGCAACCAGUACGUGGGUCUCUGGCUGGGGAUGGCCAAGAUUGGGGUGGAGGCGGCGCUCGUGAACUCCCACCUGCGCAUGGAGGCCCUGCUGCACUGCAUCAACAUCUCCAACUCCAAGGCCGUGGUGUUCGGGGCCGAGAUGAUGGAAGCCAUGCAGGAGGUACAGCCCUCCCUGGGGAAAUCUGUUCGUCUCUUCUGCUCCGGAGAGUGGAAUCCAGAAUCCGCACCCCCAGGCACAGAACACCUGGACCCCUUCCUGGAGAUGGCUCCUCGGCACCUGCCAAGCCCCCCGAAGAAGGGUUUCCUAGAUAAACUCUUCUACAUCUACACCUCCGGCACGACGGGGAUGCCCAAGGCCGCCAUCGUGGUCAAUUGCAGGUACUACCGCAUGGCAUCCCUGGUGUAUUACGGAUUCCGCAUGAGGCCAGAUGACGUGAUGUACGACUGCCUCCCUCUCUACCAUGCGGCAGGUAACAUUGUCGGGAUUGGCCAGUGCCUCCUCCAGGGGAUGACUGUGGUGAUCCGCAAGAAGUUCUCAGCCUCUCACUUCUGGGAUGACUGUGUGAAGUACAACUGUACGAUUGUCCAGUACAUCGGGGAGAUCUGCCGCUACCUCCUGAACCAGCCGUCCCAGGAGGUGGAGCGGCGGCACCGCGUGCGCAUGGCGCUUGGGAACGGGCUGCGGAUGUCCAUCUGGAAGGAAUUCAUCUCCCGCUUCGGGAUCCCCCAAAUCGCCGAGUUCUACGGUGCCACCGAGUGCAACUGCAGCCUGGGCAACUUCGACAACAACGUUGGUUCCUGUGGCUUCAACAGCAGGAUCCUGCCUGGGAUUUACCCCGUCACCUUGGUGAGGGUGGACGAAGACACCAUGGAGCUGAUCCGUGGGCCGGAUGGACUCUGCAUCCCCUGUAAACCAGGGGAGCCAGGACAGCUGGUAGGACGCAUCAUCCAGAGUGACCCUCUGCUGCACUUCGACGGGUACCUGAACCAGUCAGCCACCAGCAAGAAGAUCGCCCGUGACGUGUUCACCAAGGGGGAUUUGACAUAUCUUACCGGAGACGUGCUGAUGAUGGAUGAAUACGGCUACAUGUACUUCCGGGACCGCACUGGGGACACCUUCCGUUGGAAGGGCGAGAACGUCUCCACGACAGAGGUGGAAGGGACUCUGAGCCGCAUCCUCCACAUGACAGACGUCGUCGUCUACGGGGUGGAGGUGCCAGGCAUCGAGGGGAAGGCAGGGAUGGCGGCCAUUGCUGACCCCAAGAAUUCCUGCAACCUGGAGAGCUUUGCCAGUGAGCUGAAGAAGGCCCUGCCCUUGUACGCACGGCCCGUCUUCUUGCGAGUGCUGCCAGAAGUCCACAAGACAAGCACCUACAAGUUCCAGAAGGUGGAGCUGCGCAGGGACGGAUUUGACCCCACCGUGGUGAAGGACAGGCUGUACUUCCUGGACUCCAGGCAAGGCUGCUACCUCCCACUGGACAUGGAGGCCUUCAAGAGGAUCCAGUCAGGACAACAGAAGCUGUAAUGGGCGAGGCUCUGCAAGUCGCCUCUCAGAUCCCUCUGCUGUGUCAGAACGAGGAAGGAAAGGGUUAAAGGAUGACACGAAGGGCAGGCGCGAGCUUUAUUUAACAAAUUUUACAGACACAGAUUGGUGGGCGGGGGCGGGAGGUUACGUACCAAAGUAUAGAAUCAUUACGGCUUUAUUUUCUACUUCAUACCAGGGUGGCCUCCUGGGCUGUGAGCAUGGGGUCUUAUAUUCAUCUAGGGCCAGGGAUGUGGGACUUUUGCCAGGCCAAGAUGGCAAAGAUCAGGGGCAUGGGACCUUCCACGGGCCUCCAUUUCCCUGCCGUUGUUUAUUUCUCUCCUUUGCUGUCCUGCUCACACUGCAGGGUCCAAAAAGGGCUGAUGGCAGUAGUGCCUCUCUCAGGCCCCCAAGGACAAUGGGGUCCUGGCCCUCCCUCAAAGCAGCUAAGCUGAGGUGAGCUUUGCGGUCCACACUGAACCAACCAGCUGGCUGUGGCCAAAAACAUUGCCCUCUUUGCGGUUCACUGUUGACGCAUUGCAACUUUGAGGGGGUGAGGGAGAGCGUACUGGGGGAAGGACGGGGAGGAUAUUGUGGGGCUCAGAGGAGGGAAGGGCAAGUGUGUCUGCCAUGCCUCAUUCUUUUCAGGGGAUGAUUUUUCUAUUUUUAUGAUCAUACUUUUUUUUUUUUUUGGGUCUUAAUUUAUUGUAUUUUUUUUUAAUCUGCCCCAGGUUUGUGUGCUGGGUGACGGGGGCAUCCUGCUGCUAAAAUAUCCUUCUCUCUCUUUUUUUCUCACACAAGGACAUCCCCCUUCAUCUGGGCCUGGCUCUUCUCUUCCAGAGGUUAGGGCACAAGGCCACAGGCUGUCGGUUCCCAGGCCUGCCUGUCCAGGAGCAGGAGGGGACUGGAGCUGUGACCUUGUGGAAUUGAGCCUCCUUGGGGCUGCUCUCAGCUGGAGUUUAUGCCCCGGGUGAGGGGUGCAAUGCUGCUGAUCUGGUGUUGUGGCACCUGCCAACCUGGCUGUGUCUCACGCGCCUCACCAUUGUAAAGACCAGGCCACUAAUCACAUGGCUUUUAUUUUCUUGCUGAGGUGUUGAGCACCUGCAAACCUUGUUGGGGGGGAGGGGCAGUGCUUGGCAUCUUGGAAAAGCCAUCUGUUCACGUUCGAAGUGCAUCACCCUUUGCCUCAUCUGAGUCUCUGUGAUCCCAUGGGGGGCUGGAUGAGAGAGCAGGAAAGAUCUAUUCAGGGAAAAGUACAUGUUGUGUUUACACUGUAGCAGAAUGAGUCCUGAGAACAGUGUCUCUGUAUGUCCAUCCGUCUAUCAGCACAGUAGGGUAGGCAUCUGCUUUCUUUGGUAUGCUUAGAAUCAUAGAAUCUCAGGGUUGGAAGGGACCUCAGGAGGUCAUCUAGUCCAACCUCCUGCUCAAAGCAGGACCAACCCCAACUAAAUCAUCCCAGCCAGGGCUUUGUCAAGCCUGACCUU